AUGGCGCACGGCACGCGUAAAUUGCCAUGCGGCCUUGUGGCACCUGUCUUUGUGAUGGCCCCGAUGGUGAAGCAAAGUGAACGACCUUUCCGGGCAAUGGUGCGGUCACACGGCUGCUCCCUUUGCUACACGGAGAUGUUCAUGGCUGACGAGUUUGCCGCCUCAGCUGAGUACCGCAGGCGCGCGCUUGGGGACGGAGUUGAUGAUGCGGAUCAUCCUCUUUUCCUUCAAUUUGCUGCAAAUGAUCCGCAAGUGCUUCUACAAGCUGCUCUUGCAGCUCAAGAACUCGGGGCAGAUGGUGUCGACCUCAAUCUGGGCUGCCCUCAACGGCGAGCUAGAGAGGGCAGAUAUGGAGCUUGGCUGGCCAACGAUGAGCAUGAGUGGCCGAUGAUUGCCGAGAUGAUUUCGGUCUGCAGCCGAUGUGCAGACCUUCGCAUUCCGGUUUGCUGCAAGAUUCGUUUGCAGCAUACAUUGGCAGGGACCAUCAAGUUUGCCAAGCUCUUGCAAGAAGCCGGAUGUCCGCUGCUGGCGAUUCACGGACGCAAACUGCUGUGCAGCAAAAGCAAGCACCGUGAAGGAGCCGCCGAUCUCGGUGCAAUCGCUGCCGUCCGAGACGCACUGCAGAUCCCGGUGUUCACGAAUGGCAACGUAAGAUCUCCGGCUGACAUCUUUCAGAACUUGAAGGCAACGCAAUGUGAGGGCAUCAUGUGUGCAGAGCAGCUUCUCAACGAUCCAGCCCUUUUCCGUCGAGCCCUCGAUUGGCGACCAGGGUUUCCGUGUCCGGGGCCGUCGUCGGAAAUGUUGGUCGACGAGUAUCUUGGCCUCUGUUGUGAGUAUGGCGCCGAAGACGAGACGGUCUCGUUUUCUGUUUGGGGUGCAACCAACGGCCACGUGAUCCGGGAGCAUGUUCACAGGAUGCGCUCCCUCAAGGGCCCCGACGCUUAUUUGUCACUGCCUGGUAGGAAGCGCUGUUUGGAGCAGACAGACGCAGCCGAGCCUUUGUACAUACGAGCCUAUGAGGGCCAAAAGUCCGCGCUGGGUCCGAAGAAUCCGACGGUGUUGCAAACCGGGGUAAACCUCGCUGGUCUGAAGCAGGUACUUGGGAAGCUCCAAGAGGCAGAGGACCUCGACAGAGAGGUGAUGGCUGGAUGUCGAGAACUGCUCGGCGACCGCGAUGUUCAGAUGCUUCAGAGUGGGAACUCUUUAGCAAGGCUGCUCCACGAACAGGGUAUGCUGAAGGAAGCCGAGGGGUUGUUGCAAGAGGUUCUGCAGGGUCGCAUAGAACUUCUUGGAGACAGGGAUCCUGCAACCUUGACGAGCCUGAACAACCUGGGUGGUUUGUACUACACGUGGGGACGGUUCGGCGAGGCCGAGCCUCACUUCUUUUCGGCUUUGGAGGGACGCAGGGCAGUGCUGGGCCUGCUGCAUCCAGACACGCUGCAAAGCGCCAACAAUCUGGCCUCAUUGUUCCAGGCAAGAGGACGGCUGGACAAGGCGGAGCCCCUCUUCCGAGAGUCAUUGGACGGUCGUCGAGAAGUGCUCGGAGUAAAGCAUUCGGACACACUGACGAGCUGUAGCAAUCUCGCAGUGCUCUUGCAUGCGAUGAAUCAGCUGCAGGAGGCGGAAGAGCUAAUGAAAGACGCUCUAGAAGGUCGCCGUGAGGUGCUCGGCGAUCAUCACAGGGACACGCUGACGAGCAUCAAUAAUCUCGCAGGGCUCAUGCGCUCCCGAGGCAAACAUGUAGACGCAGAACUUCUCUAUCAAGAGGCACUGACAGGUCGGAAAAAAUUGCUGGGAGACACGCAUGUCGACACUUUGAUGACGGCCAACAACUACGGCCUUUGCCUGCUCAACAGAGGUUUGCUCAAGGAAGCAGAGUCGAUUUUUGUUGAAGUGCUGAAGAACUGCCGCAACACCCUCGGAGUCAAGCAUUCCUACACGCUGACCUGUGCGAACAGCUUGGGCGGAUUGCUGCACGAGGCCGAGAGGUAUGAUGAAGCUGAGCCGCUCUUUCGAGAGGUGUUGUCUGGACUACGCUCUCAACUUGGGGACAAGCAUCCAGACUCUCUGACAGGUGCAAAUAAUUUGGCCGUCCUGCUCUUUGCAAAGGAUGAGUAUGCCAAGGCCGCCGAGCUCUUUCAGGAAGUUCUGGCGGGUCGGAGAUCACAGCUCGGGGACAAACACCCCGACACAGUCCAGGCCGCUCGCCACAUGGCAGCCGCGCAGCAGGCACAGAGACAUCUGAUGGAGGACCAGUCGGCGCCGACUGGAAGCUGGUGCGGCAGUUCACAUUGGUCUUUGGUUUGCUGUGCUGACCACUCCUAG